AUGGCACAGUUGGUUGGUAGUGAUGAGAUAGAGUCACUGAGGUUUGAGCUAGCAGAGAUAGGAAGGAGCCUUAGAUCAUCAUUUCGGCGUCACACCUCGAGUUUUCGAAUUAGUUCGAAUUUGAAUUCUGCAAGGGAUGAUGUUGAUGCUGAAUGUGCCUUACAAUGGGCUGCAAUUGAUAGAUUGCCCACUUUUGAACGGUUGAGAUCAUCUCUGUUUGAUGAUCAUGAAGGCAGGGUUGAUGGCAAUGGGAAAAGGGUGGUUGAUGUUACUAAGCUUGGUGCUCUUGAAAGGCAUAUGUUCAUUGAGAAGCUCAUCAAACACAUUGAGAAUGACAAUCUUCGGUUGUUGCAUAAGCUUAGAAAAAGAAUAGACAAGGUUGGUGUAAAAUUGCCCACUGUGGAGGUGAGAUAUAACAAUUUGCGUGUGGAAGCAGUGUGUGAGGUAGUUCAUGGCAAGCCCCUUCCCACACUUUGGAAUUCUCUCAAAAGCAUGAUUUCUGACUUCUCAAAACUGCCUGGAUUAAAUUCACAGAAGGCAAAGAUACGCAUCAUUCAUGAUGUCAGUGGUAUCAUUAAGCCAGGGAGAAUGACUCUACUGCUUGGUCCUCCAGGAUGUGGGAAGACAUCUUUGUUGAAAGCACUUUCAGGAAAUCUAGACAAAUCCCUCAAGGUUACAGGGGAAGUUUCUUACAAUGGAUACAAAUUGGAAGAGUUUGUACCCCAGAAAACUUCCGCUUAUAUAAGCCAAGACGACCUACACAUUCCUGAGAUGACUGUGAGGGAAACACUUGAUUUUUCUGCCCGUUGUCAGGGUGUUGGAAGCAGAGCAGAGAUUAUGAUUGAUGUCAGCAGAAGGGAGAAACAGGCAGGAGUUGUUCCGGAUCCAGAGAUAGAUACUUAUAUGAAGGCAAUUUCUGUUGAAGGACAAAAGGAAACACUUCAGACAGACUACAUUCUAAAAAUUCUUGGACUUGAUACUUGUGCUGACACACUGGUUGGAGACGCCAUGAGAAGAGGAGUCUCCGGGGGUCAAAAGAAACGGUUGACUACAGGAGAGAUGAUUAUAGGUCCCACAAAGGCUCUGUUUAUGGAUGAAAUAUCAAAUGGGUUAGACAGUUCCACCACAUAUCAGAUUGUUGCUUGUCUUCAACAGCUAGCUCAUAUCACAGAUGCUACUAUACUUGUGUCACUUCUUCAGCCAGCACCAGAGACCUUUGAUCUCUUUGAUGACAUAAUCUUGAUGGCCGAAGGGAAGAUUGUGUAUCAUGGUCCCUGUAGUCAAUGUUUGGAAUUUUUUGGUGAUUGUGGAUUUAGGUGUCCCGAGAGGAAAGGGGUAGCUGAUUUCCUCCAGGAGGUUAUCUCAAGAAAAGAUCAAGCACAGUAUUGGCACCGGAGCGGACAAUCUCACAGUUAUGUUUCUGUUGAUGAGUUCUCUAGGAAAUUCAAGGAAUCUUCUUUUGGCAAGAAGCUAGAUCAGGAGCUAUCCAAGCCAUUGAUGAAGUCUCAGAGCCAAAAUAGUGCUAUUUCUUUUCAUGUCUACUCUCUUUCUAAGUGGACACUCUUUAAAGCUUGCAUGACAAGGGAAUUUCUUCUCAUGAAAAGGAAUUCUUUUGUUUAUGUAUUCAAAUCAAUUCAGGUUAUUGUAAUUGCAUCUAUUACGAUGACUGUAUUUUUGCGGACUCAGAUGGGUGUUGAUGUUGUUCAUGCAAACUAUUAUAUGGGUUCUAUGUUCUAUGCUCUCACCAUUCUUCUAGUUGAUGGAUUUCCGGAAUUGGCAAUGACUGUUUCAAGACUUUCCAUUUUCUACAAGCACAGAGAUUUGUACUUCUACCCAGCUUGGGCCUAUGCAAUUCCAGCAACUAUUCUCAAGGUUCCAUUUUCAUUGUUGGAAUCUCUAGUUUGGACAUCGCUUACUUACUAUGUAAUUGGAUACAGUCCUGAGGCUGGCAGGUUUUUCCGGCACUUCAUUCUACUUUUUUCUGUGCACUUGACAUCAUUAUCCAUGUUCCGCUUCUUGGCAUCAGUCUUCCAGACCAUGAAUGCUUCUACAGUAGCUGGUAGUAUGUCGAUAUUACUAGUCUUAUUAUUUGGUGGCUUCAUUAUCCCAAACCCCUCCAUGCCAAUAUGGUUGAAGUGGGGAUUUUGGCUUUCCCCAGUAUCAUAUGGUGAGAUAGGACUUGCGGUAAAUGAAUUUCUUGCUCCACGAUGGCAAAAGAUGUUGCCUACGAAUACAACAAUAGGGACAGAAGCACUUAACGCCCGUGGAUUGAACUUUGAUGGAUACCUUUUUUGGAUAUCACUUGGUGCCUUAUUUGGGUUUACAGCAAUUUUGAAUGUCGGGUUUACCUUGGCCUUAACUUUCUUAAAGCCUCCCGGUUCUCGUGCUAUUAUUUCAAAUGAAAAGCUCUCCCAGUUACAAGGAAGUGAAGAUUUCAUCAAAGGCAACCAUGUGGAAGAAAAGUCCAGCAAUUCUCCUCCUAACACUAUAUCAGAAGCUCAUAAAGGCAAAAUGGUCUUACCUUUUGAACCCCUAAAUGUAGUGUUCCUGGAUGUGCAAUACUAUGUUGACACCCCUUUGGAAAUGCAAGAUUUAGGUAUCUCUCAGAAAAAACUCCAACUUCUUUGUGAUAUUACGGGUGCAUUCCGACCUGGUGUUCUUACAGCAUUGAUGGGUGUUAGUGGCGCUGGCAAAACAACUCUUAUGGAUGUUCUUGCGGGAAGAAAAACUAGUGGCACAAUUGAAGGAGAAAUUAAAAUUGGAGGAUAUCCUAAGUUUCAAGAAACAUUUGCUAGGAUUUCGGGUUACUGUGAGCAAACUGACAUACAUUCUCCACAAAUUACUGUGGAAGAAUCAGUGAUGUUCUCAGCUUGGAUGCGUCUGCAUCCUCAGAUUGAUUCAAAAACUAAAGCUGAAUUUGUGAAAGAAGUCCUUGAGACCAUUGAGCUUGAUGGAAUUAAAGAUGCCUUGGUUGGCAUGCCAGGUGUUAAUGGUUUAUCAACUGAGCAACGUAAGCGGCUCACAAUAGCUGUGGAGCUUGUUGCUAACCCUUCUAUUAUAUUCAUGGAUGAACCUACAUCUGGAUUGGAUGCAAGAGCGGCUGCAAUCGUUAUGCGGGCUGUGAAAAAUGUGGUUGAAACAGGAAGAACAAUUGUUUGCACCAUCCACCAACCAAGUAUUGACAUAUUCGAAUCAUUUGAUGAGUUAAUUCUGUUGAAAACUGGCGGACGUAUGAUCUACUCUGGACCAUUGGGUCGGCAUUCCAGUAGCAUCAUUGAAUAUUUUGAGGGUAUCCAGGGGGUGCCAAAGAUCAGAAAUAAUUCAAAUCCAGCAACAUGGAUGUUAGAUGUCACAUCUACAUCAGCAGAGGCUGAACUUGGUGUAGAUUUUGCCCAGAUUUAUAAGGAUUCUAUUUUAUUCAAGAACAAUAAAGAACUUGUAAAGAAGUUGAGUGCUCCAUCUCCUGGUUCAAAAGAUCUGUAUUUCCCAACCCGCUAUGCACAAAAUGGUUGGGGACAGUUCAAAUCCUGCCUCUGGAAGCAGCAUCUGUCUUAUUGGAGAAAUCCUUCAUACAACGUGACGCGUUCCAUGUAUAUGCUUAUUGCAUCUCUGCUUUUUGGGGUACUUUUUUGGGAUCAGGGGAGGAAAUUAAACAACCAACAGAGCUUGUUCAAUAUACUUGGUUCAAUGUAUGCUGCUGUGAUCUUCUUGGGCAUAAAUAAUUGCUCAUCCAUUUUACCAUAUGUCACGACAGAGCGAUCUGUUUUGUAUCGAGAAAGAUUUGCUGGGAUGUAUGCUUCAUGGGCUUAUGCAUUUGCACAGGUGGCAAUUGAGAUUCCUUAUAUAUUUGCCCAAACACUUGCAUUUGUGAUCAUCACAUAUCCGAUGAUUGGAUUUUAUUGGUCACCUUACAAGGUUUUCUGGUACUUCUACGCCAUGUUAUGUACAUGUAUGUACUUCACUUAUCUUGGCAUGCUGCUGAUUGCAUCGACGCCAAGCUUUCCAGUAGCUGCAAUUCUACAGUCAACCUUCUAUACAAUGUUAAACCUGUUCUCUGGAUUUCUGGUUCCUCAACCGCAAAUGCCCAAGUGGUGGCUGUGGUUGUAUUACCUAUGUCCUACAUCUUGGACACUAAAUGGUAUGCUUACUUCACAGUAUGGAGACAUAAACAAGGAGAUUAUGGUGUUUGGAGAAACCAAAACUGUAGCAGCAUUCUUGAGAGAUUACUUUGGGUAUCAUCACGAUCGCUUACCGGUGGUGGCUGUUCUUCUCAUUGUAUACCCCAUUGUUUUUGCUUCUCUGUUUGCAUUUUGUAUAGAGAAGUUAAACUUCCAGAGGAGAUGAGUAUUGUAAACUGUAAAGCCAUCUAUUUAUAUCUCAA